AAGAAACGCCGGUUAAUAUGGAUGAAAGGUCAACCAUCAUCUCAUCAGUUCGGGCACUCUGAUUAGCGACACUGUCCUACAGCAGACCACAGAGCAGGGAAGAUGAUGUGCGAGGUGAUGCCGACCAUCAGCGAAGGAGACUCAGCCGGUCCUCCCAGAGGCACCGGCGGCGUCCCGAACGGUUCGGACCAGGAGGCCAACUUCGAGCAGCUGAUGGUCAACAUGCUGGACGAGAGGGACAAGCUGCUGGAGUCCCUCAGGGAGACUCAGGAGACCCUCAUUCAGUCUCAGACUAAGCUGCAGGGGGCGCUGCACGAGAGGGACGUGCUCCAGCGGCAGAUCAACGCCGCGCUGCCUCAGGAGUUUGCCACCCUGACGAAGGAGCUGAACAUAUGUCGGGAGCAGCUGCUGGAGAAAGAAGAGGAAAUAUCUGAGCUGAAAGCUGAAAGGAACAACACAAGGCUGCUGUUGGAGCACCUGGAGUGUCUGGUGUCUCGUCACGAACGCAGUCUAAGGAUGACAGUGGUAAAGAGACAGGCACCCCCACCAUCUGGAGUCUCCAGCGAGGUGGAGGUCCUCAAAGCUCUGAAGUCCCUGUUUGAACACCACAAGGCUCUGGAUGAAAAGGUGCGGGAGAGGCUUCGGGUGGCUCUGGAGAGGGUGGCCACCUUAGAGGGACAGCUAGCAUCUACCACACAAGAGUUGAACAUGGUGAGACAGAGGAAGGACGGUGACUCAGUGGAGCGAGGAGAUGGAUCCAAACCUACAUGGAAGAGACUACCCAACGGCUCUAUAGACGCCCACGAUGACGGCAGCCGGGUGUCUGAGCUUCAAGAGCUGCUGGAUCGGACCAAUAAGGAGCUGGCUCAGAGUCGUGAGCACUCUGCCACUCUUAACGGCCGGGUGGCCGAGCUGGAGGCCGAGCUGGCGAACGCACGCCGAGAACUGAGCCGCAGCGAGGAGCUGUCAAUCAAACAACAAAGGGAACAGAGAGAGGUGACAGCACAGAGAGAAGAUAUGGAGGAGAGGAUAACAACAUUAGAAAAACGCUACCUGGCUGCCCAGCGGGAGACCACACACAUCCACGACCUCAACGACAAACUAGAGAACGAACUGGCCACCAAGGAUUCCCUGCAUCGACAGAGUGAAGAGAAGGUGCGCCAGCUGCAGGAGAUGCUGGAGAUGGCAGAGCAGAGGCUGGCUCAGACCAUGAGGAAGGCUGAGACACUGCCAGAGGUGGAAGCUGAACUGGCACAGAGAGUGGCAGCGCUAUCCAAGGCUGAGGAGCGCCAUGGCAACGUGGAGGAGCGUCUCAGACAGCUGGAGUCACAACUGGAGGAGAAGAACCAAGAGCUAGGAAGGGCCCGUCAGCGGGAGAAAAUGAAUGAGGAGCACAACAAGCGUUUAUCUGACACUGUGGAUCGUCUGCUCACCGAGUCCAAUGAAAGACUGCAGCUCCAUCUGAAGGAACGCAUGGCUGCCCUGGAGGACAAGAAUUCCCUUAUUCAGGACCUCGAGAACUGCCAGAAACAGCUUGAAGAAUUCCACCACACCAGGGAACGGCUGAUUGGAGAGAUUGAUAAGCUGAGAAACGAGAUCGACCAUUUGAAGCGUCGCAGUGGGGCUUUUGGAGAUGGAACUCACCCUCGGUCUCACUUGGGUAGCUCCAGCGACCUUCGCUACUCCAUGGUGGAGGGCCAGGAUGGCCACUACAGCACAACUGUGAUCAGGCGAGCACAGAAGGGUAGACUGUCAGCGCUACGAGAUGAUCCAAACAAGGUAUGUGCGGUGUUCGAACAGGACUACCCGUCUCUGCGUGGGAGCGUCAGCCACCUCCUCGGCAGCGACAUCGAGGCCGAGUCAGACCUGGAUGAUGACGUUAGCUCGGCCCUGCUUUCCCCCAGCGGCCAAUCAGAUGCUCAGACUCUGGCGCUCAUGCUGCAAGAGCAACUUGAUGCUAUCAAUGAGGAGAUAAGGAUGAUCCAGGUAGAGAGAGAGUCGGCAGACCUGCGCUCUGACGAGAUCGAGUCUCGUGUGAACAGCGGCAGCAUGGAUGGACUCAACGUGACCCUUCGACCUCGAGCGCUGCCCACCUCCGCCACUGCCCAGUCCCUGGCAUCAUCCUCCUCCCCGCCCACCAGUGGCCACUCCACACCCAAACAUCACGCACGCAACGCCAGCCACCACCUUGGCAUCAUGACUUUGCCGAGCGACUUGAGGAAGCACCGAAGGAAAGUAGCAUCUCCUGUGGAAGUGGACAAAGCUACGAUCAAGUGUGAGACGUCACCUCCCUCUUCACCUCGUAGUUUACGGCUGGAAACCAAUUUCGCCCAAUUCACUGGCAGUCUGGAGGAUGGACGAGGCAAGCCAAAGAAAGGAAUCAAAUCAUCGAUUGGCCGAUUGUUUGGGAAGAAGGAAAAGGGUCGACUGGACCAGACUGUUGGCAGAGAUGGUCAGCCUCUACAAGUCUUAUCAGACUUUGAUAUGGGCAUCGGGGACACUAUGACCCUGGGAAAACUGGGCACCCAGGCCGAGAGGGACCGCAGAAUGAAGAAAAAGCACGAACUUCUGGAAGAUGCAAGAAAAAGAGGUCUGCCAUUUGCUCAGUGGGACGGCCCUACUGUCGUCUCAUGGCUAGAGCUGUGGGUGGGUAUGCCAGCCUGGUAUGUGGCAGCCUGUCGUGCCAACGUGAAGAGCGGAGCCAUCAUGUCAGCUCUGUCAGACACAGAGAUCCAGAGGGAGAUCGGCAUCAGCAACCCUCUGCACCGACUCAAACUCCGCCUGGCCAUUCAGGAGAUGGUCUCCCUCACCAGCCCAUCUGCACCACUUACGUCCAGAACGACCUUGGCAUACGGUGACAUGAAUCACGAGUGGAUAGGGAACGAAUGGCUGCCCAGCCUCGGCCUGCCUCAGUACCGCUCCUACUUCAUGGAGUGUCUGGUGGAUGCUCGCAUGCUGGACCACCUGACCAAGAAGGACCUGAGGAGCCACCUGAAGAUGGUGGACAGCUUCCACAGGGCUAGUCUGCAGUACGGGAUUAUGUGCUUGAAGAGACUCAAUUAUGACAGGAAAGACCUGGAGCGCCGGAGAGAGGACAGCCAACACGACAUGAAAGAUGUUCUGGUGUGGACCAAUGAACAGGUGAUCCACUGGGUCCAGUCCAUUGGUUUGAGGGAGUAUAGCGGCAACCUGUUAGAGAGCGGUGUCCACGGGGCGCUCAUCGCUUUGGAUGAAACGUUUGACUACAGCAGCUUAGCGCUCAUCCUGCAGAUCCCUAUGCAGAACACACAGGCCCGGCAGGUUCUGGAGAGGGAGUUCAACAACCUGUUGGCCUUGGGGACCGACCGCCGACUAGAGGAGACCGGAGAUGACAAGUCUUUUCGACGCUCUCCAUCGUGGCGUAAGAGGUUUCGUUCACGCGAAGGAGUGGCGGGUCUGGGGAUGAUGGCGGGCUCCAUGGAAACGCUGCCUGCUGGCUUCCGCAUGCCCUCCAUGUCCAUGCCGCCCUCCAUGAAUCUGGCACCUAAGAAACACCUCCAGCCUGAAGUGCAUUCUCAUUACCUAUACGGACAUAUGCUUGCGGCCUUUUGAGAGUGAUAUGCCAAAUCUGGAGAGGAGACCUGGGUGCCUCUGGGGGAGGCUUCCCCUCCUUUGCUGCCCAGCCUCACCUCCCACCUUUCACCUCUCACCUCUCCUUCGGACACGUGCAAUACAGAGGCCAACUCUGACCUUUGAACUCUGAGAGUGCUCAUUGGCUGCGCUCGCUGCUGUAAAAGAGGCUCGUCCCGGUCUCUCCCAGUUUACCCCAGUGCUCCCAGUAGCCUUGUUGUUGUGGUGUUGUGCUCCUGCUCCCCUGGUCUCAGCUGUGGGUUCUUGUCCUGGUUCUAAUAGUCUCAACAUGGCCAAGUCCAAACCAAUCGUCCUGAGUCAUCACGUCCUUCACAGAGCAACAGUUGAAUAGUGAGGAACAGAUUUAAGAGGGAUGGUGACCAGUCGUUGGUUUGGACUUAGGAAUGAUGAAUACUUGUAUAAAUGGCAGAUCCCACUGCACAUUACCCUUCUACCGGUUAUGCAAGGUAUUACUCAUUUAUCGUCUCUGUACAUAAAAUGGAUGACUUAUGUUUUUUAUAGAAAUAUUAUAUAUAAAUAUAUAUAUAUAUAUAUAUUGGAAAUAUAUAUGGAAAACAAUAUAAUAUCAUUGCUGUAUGAAACCCAAUGCCCUGUAUUCGAUAGUGACUGUUCUCUCUCUCUCUCUCUCUCUUUCUCUUUCUUUCUCUUUCUCUCUGUGUCGGACCUUUGUGUGUCUUUUGCUGUAUGCUGUAAGUGUGUGACUCGUUGGUGGGAGGGACUCACUAAAGGGAAGCGUGCGUUUCUACAAGGACUCUUCACAGGUUCAUGGGUCCAAUUUCAGACUUCUCUCUUUGCCUCUUCUCCUGUUCUUUCCUCCCCCCCCCUCCUCUUUUGACACGAUGUAGCUGUUACCUCUCCUCUCUCCGCCUCUCUCGCCUUCUGUAUGACACUAUGUAGCCUAGAAUAGAGAGAAUCCUUUAAUAUGAAGAGUGUGUGUGUGAGCGAGUGAGUGAGUGAGUGAGCGAAUGAGUCUCUCUGCCAGAGACUUGUGGAGAGGUUAUGUGCGUGAAAGGCCGACCCCAGCCAUGUGACCAUGACUUUUCUCUGUGGAUGGUAGUGUGAACACUGUAGCUCCUCUCUGUUUAUUCCUUACUUUUCUCUCAAAUCAAACUGUAAACUGCUGCUCGACAUCAGCCGAUGAUAUCCACAUGAAACUGCUCCAAGUGACGGACUAAUCUCGUUCCGUCACCUCCCAUUUAGUUGCCAUGGAGACUUGCUAGUGAGCAGUCAGUACUCUUGGCUGACCAACUCCUCAUCCAAUGAGAACACAGCAUAUGAACAAACCAGUGAGUGCUGGAUGGGUGUACAAUCUUUUUUUUUUUUUUUUUUUUUUUUUUUUGAGGUAUUAUUUUACAGUUUUUCCAAGGUGUCUAAAAGGUGUAACGUGCUAUGUGGCAGCUAUGAGUACUGUGUCUUUAUUCCAGGUGUGAAACAAUGCUGACAAAUCAAGAUUUUAUUAUUUGGCUAUUUAAAAAAAAGUGUACUGUAUUUAUGACACUAUAUAGACAUAAGUAAAGCUGUUUUUUAAAGAUUUCGGAUGUUGUGUUCCUUCUGAUGUUCUCUCUGCUGUGUGAGAACGUUAAAACAGCGUAUUGAAAAUGGUCUUUAUUGCAAGAAUUAAACAGAAAAUAUCACUUUUUGGAACAUCUACAAAUACACAACAAUCUUAGUUAUAAAAGUCCAAAAUAAGUUAGCAAAAAAUAAAAAAUAAAAUGGCAAAACCACUCUGUAGAAAAAGGGAACGUAUUUACAUCACUAGCAUUCAUAACCAGUUUAAAUUAAGCAGAUCUUGGUCAAAACUGCCAUGGUACAUAUUGGCCCCACAAACGAACUCAUGUUUUUUUUUAAGCAUUAAAACACACACGAAAAGAAUGAAAGAUCAGGGAAAAGCUUUGAAAAGAGGAAAACUUAAAUUAAGUAAGGAGAAAAACCAGGCUUUGUCAUUCCUCUGUGGCUCUGUCAGUCUGGAAGCAAGCCUAACAGAGAUCCACUCUAGUAACUAGGUGUUGGGUUCAUGCAGCAAAGUCCUUGAAUCUCUAGUUAGUCUAAGCUCCUGUGGCUCUGACAGACAGGUCUGGACCGCGGGAUAAGGCAGGUAACAAUGGGAAUAAGGCCUUAUUGUGAACAGGAGGAAUUCAGUUUGACUAGCAGACCCAUAGAUCAGCAGAGUUACAAAACUGAUCAGUCACAAAU